CGCUGCGCAUGCGCCAGGGCGGCGGGCAGGGCCGAGGGCGCGCCCCGCGAGCCGCAUGUCUCGGCUGUGGUCGCUGUUCGGGUUUGGGCUGCUGGUGGCGGGAUCGCGCCUGCCGCGCGUCCGGUCCCAGGCCAGCGCCUGUCGAGUGAGCCCCACCUGGUGGGGGCCGCAGCGGCUGAGCUCGGGCGGCCGCGGGGACCCGGAGGUCAUGGCGAGCGCGCAGGUGAAGCUCUUGAGCCAGGAGGAGGCGCAGGCCGUGGACGAGGAGCUGUUCAAGGAGUACCAGUUCAGCGUGGACCAACUCAUGGAGCUGGCGGGGCUGAGCUGUGCGACAGCCAUUGCCAAGGCAUACCCCCCCACGUCCCUGUCCAGGAGCCCCCCCACUGUCCUGGUCAUCUGUGGCCCUGGGAACAACGGAGGCGACGGCCUGGUCUGCGCUCGGCACCUCAAACUCUUCGGCUACCAGCCAACCAUCUAUUACCCCAAAAGGCCGAACAAGCCACUCUUCACUGCCCUGGUGACCCAGUGUGAGAAAAUGGACAUCCCUUUCCUCGGUGAAAUGCCCCCAGAGCCCCAGCUGAUCGAUGAGCUAUAUGAGUUGGUGGUGGAUGCCAUCUUUGGCUUCAGCUUCAAGGGAGAUGUUCGGGAGCCAUUCCGCAACAUCCUGAGCGUCCUGAGUGGACUCACCGUGCCCAUUGCCAGCAUCGACAUUCCCUCAGGAUGGGAUGUGGAGAAGGGAAACCCUGGAGGGAUCCAGCCAGACUUGCUCAUCUCCCUGACUGCACCUAAAAAGUCUGCCACCCACUUCACUGGUCGCUACCACUACCUGGGGGGUCGUUUCGUACCACCUGCUCUGGAAAAGAAGUACCAGCUGAAUCUGCCACCGUACCCUGACACGGAGUGUGUAUACCGUCUGCAGUGAGGGAAGGUAGACGUUUGUUCUUCCCAAUAAAGACUUCGUGCCUCUCUCUCUCCCAGAACGGUGGAGACCUGGAAGCUCUUCUGGCUAUAAAGGUUAAUGGGUGGUCAGCAA